AUGACGACCAGCCUGCCGGAGGAGCUGCACCUCGAAAUCCUGAAGCGCCUCUUGCCGAGCCCCCAGGUGCUCGCCCGCGCAUCCGCUGUCUGCAAGGAGUGGCAUCGCGUCGUGAACGACCCUGUGUUCCUCCAUGAGCUCUACCGUGCGCGCCGCGGGGCGCCUGUCACCCUUGGCUUCUUCCACAACUUCGACGACCUCCCCCGGAGGUUCGUGCACGUGGACGCGGCCGGCCCUGCGAGAUUCCCCUUCGACUCCGUUGAUCACAAGAUGAGGAAGUGGAAGUUCUUGGACUGCUGCCAUGGCCGCGUCCUCCUCCACGACGAACUCUGGUACAGGUUCCUGGUGUGGCAACCCAUGACCGGCGACCACCAUCUCGUUUCAAAUAAUGGCUCGUUCAGCAGAAGGCAUAGUGGCGCCGCACUAAUAUGUGAAUGCGGCAGAGACGGCGGUGGCGAUGACCGGUGCACGCCCUGCAACUCCAGCCACUUCCGCCUGGCCGUCGUGUCCAACGACAUGGUAACAGAUUGCCUGCACGCCAGCGUCUUCUCCUCGGUCACCGGUAAGUGGACCACAUCAGCAGCGGAAUUGCCACCGACAAAUCAGAUCCGCCCAGAGCCAUGUGUCAUCGUCGGCAAAACCUUAUACCAACCAUUAUUCGACUAUCUCGUCCUCGCGUUUGAUACGGACCACCGGACCCUAACAACUUUCGAGCGGCCAAACUUUGGCCAUGUCCGACUAUUCAAGUCAGAGGACGGCGUGCUCGGCCUAGCCGGGGUGCUGGGUUUCAUGUUGUGUGUGUGGGUACGCGACGCGGAUGCUUGGGUGACGCGCAAGAUGGUGGAUCUGAGCCAGAUUCUUCCUACUCAGGCAAUGCAAUCACAGAAUACAAACCCUUGGUUUACCUUUAUGCCGGUGAAGAUCAUUGGGGUUGCAGAUGGGGGGCAUGACCUAUUUUUGUUGACUGAGGUCGGCAUAUUCUUGUUUUGUGUCGACUCGAUGGAGCUCAAGAAGGUGCACCAGGCUACUCACAACAUGAAGACUGUUUACCCUUAUGGUGCUUUCUAUCUCCCACCUACUGCUCGUACUUCCACAUAA